AUGGAUCAGAAAACAUUCGACGAGGCUGUGAACGACACUAUGGAUUUAUUAGACAUGAACUAUUCUGAAGCUUUAAAAGAUACAAUCAGUCAGUUUCAGCAAUUGGGAAUGGAUAUGGGUGGAAUAAAAAUAGACAUAGAAAAGGCUACAGAUCCACUGCCAUCUGCACUUUAUAAAUUAAAAAUGUAUUAUGAAACCUCCGUAUGGGAGGAAUCGACAAAGGAACAGAUUGUGAGUAAUCUUUCAAUCGUUGAAAACGAAUGCAAGACACACGAGGGCCGCCAUUUGUCCAAGUUGAGUGGUGCUUAUAAUAUUGUGUGUGGAUAUCUAGAUAGACUCGCUGAACUAGAUGUUGAUCAAAAAGCACAACUCAUUAAAACAUUUGAUUCACUCCUUGGAGGUGGACAAGUUGUGUAUGGUAAAGCAUUAGACAUUAUGGUUGAAUUGUUGAAGAAUACAAAAGACGAAAAAGUGUUAUUAGCUCAAUUAUCCUGGUUCAAAACAAUUAGUGAACUUGAAGAUGAAAGAGAGGAACUUCGAAUUAUUGGUAUAGGCGAUAUUAUGAAAGACAUUUUACAAUCAAAUUCUUCAAAUGAAGCUGUGAUUAUUGCAACUUGCCAGUUGAUUAGAGCUCAACUACGUGAAGAUAAUUGUAGUGGAGAUUUCUCUAAUGCGGGGGAACGAUCACGACUUUUUGGUUGUGAACUAAUGUUACCUCUACUUCAAUUGUUAAAAGAUGAUAAAAUAAUUGAGUUAGAAGAAGUAACUAGUGAAAUAUUCUUUACCUUAGCUACGAUUAUUGUUCGUUUUGAAUUUUGUCGCAAAUUUAAUGAAUGUGGAGGCUUGUUAAGACUUAAAUUAGCCAUGGACCGUCAUUGCACAAUGAGAUUGAAUUGUCAGGCCUUUAAACUUCUUAAAUCACUCGCCGGUGAUGAUAUUGUGAAAGACGAUAUCAGAAAAGUAGGAUUUUGUCCACUCAUACUUUCAGCCUUACAGAGGCAUAUAAACAACAAACAAUUGUGUAUUGAUGCAAUGAAGUUAUUGACGGCUUUGACAUUGCGCUCUCCACAAAACAGCGCUGAAUUGACACAAUUAGGUAUUGCGGAGCUCAUUGUUCAGGCAAUGAAAGUGCAUUCGAAUGAUGACAAACAUCAGAAACAUGCUUGUACAGCUGUGCGCAAUAUAGUUUCAAGAAACCGUGAACUAGCCUCAGAGUUUUUGGCUCAUAAUAUUGAAAGCAUAAUUGAAAAAAUAAUAAGCCAAUAUAAAAAUUGCGAGUUUGAAGCUAAAAGUGCUUUACGAGAUCUUGGCUUGGAUGUUAGCUUUGUUGAACAAUGGACUGGCACUGGUCAGAAUUUAUCAUCGUAG